UAUCCCACAGCACAGUGAGCUCACACAGACAGGAGACCACCUCCUCCUGCAGCGCACAAUGAUCCGACUCCUCCGCUGUCGACCCGGCUGCUGCUUUUGGACAACUCCUGACUGUCACGGAUUAAAUAAAGCCGUCAGUUCCUGAGAGAAGAGUCGAGAAGACGACUGGUCUCCUUUUGCAGCUGGGGUGUUCGCCAGUUAAACUCCCAUCGCAGGCUCUGCCAGCUCUGGUUUGAAGGGGUUUUACUUUCAGAGUUCAGCCAACAGUUCACCUGCAGACGUGAAACCAUGCGCUCCCGGUCUGCGCCCCCCAGGUUUACCCCCCUCCUAUUUCUCCUCCUUCUUCCCCCUGUUUUCUCCUCCUCCUCCUCCUCCCGCCCCCAGUGGAUUCCCCAGCGUGUCCCUGUGGUCCUCCCACAGAACACGGAGCCUCGGCCUGCCCCUCACUUCCUGUCUCCGGCCCGUCUGGAUGUCACCUCCCCCUGUGACCCAGAAUGCCACAAAAGAGCCCCUCAACCAAGCUACUGGGACCUGCGGCGCCUUUUGUCCUAUGAGACUCUCCACUCUGAUGGUCAACUAACUGAGACUGCCGUUGGGAUCUAUGGCUACAACCUCAAUUCUAAGACCAGUCCGGCCUACUCCUCAGGGUCUUCUGGAAAGGCUGAGCAGUCACAUGUCAGGAGAAAGCGACAGAUCUUUGGCCAUGAUGGGCGUUUUAGCAUUGCUGGACAGAACUUCCUGCUUAAAUAUCCUUUCUCAGUGGCUGUCAAACUGUCCACUGGGUGCUCCGGUACACUGGUGGGGGACCGUCAUGUUCUCACAGCCGCUCAUUGUGUUCAUGAUGGUAAAAACUACGUGAAAGGAGCCCAGAAGCUUCGCGUUGGCUUUUUAAAACCCAAGCAGCGGGUCACACAGCCUGCCUCCUUUUACCUUCCCUCCAACUUCACCAACCAUGUUGAAGGUGGUCCUGAUCCUUACGCCCCACCAACCAACAACAAAAUGAAGUUCCAGUGGAUCAGAGCCAAGCGCACCCAUGUUCCCAAAGGAUGGAUUAAAGGGAAUGCCAAUGACAUUGGGAUGGACUAUGACUACGCGUUGCUUGAACUCAAGAAACCCCACAAACGCCGCCACAUGAAGCUAGGAGUCAGCCCCCCGGCUCAGAAGCUGCCCGGUCAUCGGGUCCACUUCUCAGGAUUUGAUAAUGACCGUCCAGGCCAGCUGGUGUAUCGGUUCUGUCGGGCCGGUGAGGAGACAUCAGAUCUGCUGUACCAGCACUGUGAUGCUCAACCCGGGGCCAGUGGAUCAGGAGUAUAUGCCCGGAUGUGGGAUGGGAGGCGUCGGCGCUGGGAGCGGAAGGUGAUAGGCGUGUUUUCUGGGCAUCAGUGGGUGGAGCGACAAGGGGCGUCUCAGGAAUUUAAUGUAGCGGUGAGAAUCACCCCGCUCAAAUAUGCUCAGAUCUGUUACUGGAUAAAAGGGAACUUUGUGGACUGCAGAGAGGGGUGAGGAGAAGGUGGAGUGAGGAUGACAUAGGGGUGUAACUACAUCCUCAUACAUCUUUCUGGAAUAUCGAGGCUGCAAGAAUCUACACCUUUCACCCUACUACUUGUAGCACUGACAUGACAUCAAUAUAAAUAUCAAAAUAUUGUUGCCCCUACUCUCAGAUGCCAAUAUCAGUAAAGACAGACACAAAUCCUGUAACAGCACUGAAUUAUGUAAACAGGGUGCAUUUGUUUCAUUUAUGCUUAGUUUUACAUCUUCACAUUUCUAAAACAUGAAAAUGUUAUAUUUGUGUUAACUGGGGGAACAUUGUGGUCAGGUGGUUUUGCAGAACAGAAUCAGGCUUUUCUGCUUCUUGGAACAUUCAUCCGGAUAACAAAGUUAUCUGCAAGCUCCAUCUGGAACAUGGACUAAUGCAAAAAGAUGUUUUGGAAUACAACCUAAGCAGCAGAACUGGAAAAGCUGUUUCUCUACGCAUCAUAACCUUUUUUUCUUGAGCUACACUAAAGAUUGCACUGUUAAACUUUUUUUCUACUGAAAAUGACUUUUGUGGAUGAAUGUACAUGUCAGCUACCAAAGGCGCCAACUGUUUCUCUCCGAGCUAUCAUAUAUCUCCUCUCAGUGGACUCACUAGUUAUCUACAGGCAUAGUGUACUCUGUCAGCUAAAUUAACAGUGAAGAAAGUUUUGGAAGAACAUUCAACUUGUCACAUAGAUGUUUAACAACUGCAGAUGACCUGUUACAUGAAGUUCAUUUUGUUGUACUUUAAUGCUUACCUCCCUCUGGUGGCAAAGAUAAAACACUGCAGGUCUCUGUAAUGAAGGUUAUGCUGACUUCGCCUAGCCUAAGCACUUUUUACUUUCUCCAUUAUUUGUGUUUCUGAAAUUGAAGACAAAUUUAAUGAAAUAUAUGCUUUGAAAUAUGAAAA